UAAGAAAACGAAUAAUGAACCUUGAAAUAGAAUAGUCUAAAAAGAGCAACGGUUGACUGAACCAUCGCCUUCCUUCCUCAUUCUCUUUAUAUCUCUGAUUCAUUCAUUAUAUAUCUCCGUCUAAUUUCAUAAUCAUCUCCUUAUAGAUUCUUUUUCAAAAGACCAGAAAAUUUAUUUAUUUCUCCGUCACUUCCUAAAUGGCAUCCGUUCAAUGCAGCAUCGGUGAUUCAAUCUCAACACUUCAUCCUGACAUCAUCCAAACCCAAAUCUUAACCCGACUCGACGGUCUGGCGCUAGCCUCCACCGCGUCAACCUCCUCUUAUCUCCAAACUCUCUGCAAUCAACAGAAGCUCUGGCGGGAAAUCUCCACUACCACGUGGCCUUCCGCCGACGACUCACGUGUCGUUCAAGCCAUAUCCUCCUUCCCCUCUGGUUACCGUUCCUUCUUCGCUGACUCGUACCCGUUCACUGAAUACACGUGUCAGUCGGAGAAACACGAUCCACCGACCACGGGGCUAAUCUCAGCCGUUGACCUUUAUUAUAGAGGAGAGUUAAUCUACUCGAAGGUUCGAGAGAUGGAGAACGGUAAAGCAGGAUGGUUCUUGUCGGCUCCGUUUCGAGUCGAUAUGCUUGAGGAGAAAGAAUCAGUUCAGACCCGGAUACUAUAUCCGGGUGGGGAUUACGAAGCCUGGGUGAGAAACAUGGAAGAAAGCAUGGAGCUUAACUGGAUAGUGAUAGACCCGAUCAAGAAACGUGCGGCGAAUAUAUCUAGCAGAAAGGCUGUUUCUGCUAGGCGGAACUGGUUAACCGGAGAUUUAGAGAUUAGAUUUUCAACGAUUGUGGCAGAGGCGGCCGGGAAGAAAAAGGCGGCGGAGGUCGCGGUGGUUGUGUCGUGUGGAGCGGCGGAGACGUGGAAGGAGGUGGACGAGGAGGUGGGGGGAGAAGUGCACGUGAGGGACGUGAGGUUGCAAGUAGAAGACAUAGAAGGGAAAUGUUUGAAAGGGAAGGAUAGUUUGGUAAUUUUACAAGGGAUGUUGAAAGGGAAGAGAUGUUGUAAAGAUGGUGGUGGUGAAGAGAGAAGAAGAGUUAAAGAAAGGUAUGAGGAAUACACGGAGAUGAAGACAUAUUUGAGAGAGAAGAAAGAGAGGAGGGAGAAAGCUCAAGACACAAUUUGUAUGAUCUUUGGCUUCUCUUUGUUUGUCCUUUUGUGGAGUUUUAUUUUGUUAAGGUAGAAUAUGCUAAUAAGGACACUACGACAUAUAAACAUUUCUUUGAUCACAUGUGCUUUUCUUUUAUGAUCUUGUAAUAAUGAAAUAUAUGAGAAUAAACAAGGACUAUUUAUCACAUA